AUGGGUUUCUGCGGAGGGCUCUUGCAGACCCGGUUCUCUGGAAAACCAGUUUUUCAUAAACUCUAAAACUAACUGAAACCUUUUCUUAAUGAGGUAUGAUUGUAGCCCGCAAAUUUCUGAUCAAAAUGAGACAUUUCCC